AUGAAUUUCGCCCCUUACCAAGAACAAUCCCCGGAGAUCGAGCGGGCGCUCUCUCCUCCCCUCGCCGAUGCGAACAGGUCAAAAUCCCCCCCCACCACCCAGAGCCAGAACCAACGUACAUCACCUUCAUUCCCCCCAGCAGGCGGAUUACCCUCACCCAGCCAUUUUAGCGCACCUGGGGUAGGUGACACGGGUUUCGGAAGAGAUGUGGAAGGAGGCCGAUUAAGCUUAGGCGCUUUUGAGACCAGUCUUCCCAUUCGCAUGGACUUUGAGGCUAUGCUCGCAUACCUUUUGCUGCCUCCGGCUGGGGGGGUGUUUUUGCUGUUGGUAGAGCAUAAAAGUGACUAUGUGCGAUUCCACGCCUGGCAAUCUAGCAUGCUGUUCACUGUGCUAUUUAUAAUUCACAUUAUAUUCUCCUGGUCAAGCUUAAUUUCAUGGCUUCUGUUCGUUUGUGACCUAGGCCUUAUCAGCUUUCUAAGCAUGCGCGCAUAUCGAGAUGGGCUGAUCAAACCCUCACCUCUCGCUACAGUUGACUCACUCGAACACUACGAAGUACCCUUUUUCGGCCGCCUCGCGAACUCCUUCGUUGACGACGAAUAA